CGGUCAGUAUAUAAACUCAUUUAUGCAGAUGGAAUUUACCCCUUUACACGUAUAGAUGGAAAAGGACGUGACUCCACCUGUUGUAGUUCCCUCAGACGUCACAAUCUGUGAGAAUUUGUACUCCACCGGCCCUCGCAAGUUGACCUUUGCCGAGAAAUUGGGACUCUUGCUUACUCCAAACCCAGUCCGCCUAAACUACACUAAAAACGAUAGAGAUGAGCUGAGAGCUGUGCUGUCAAAGGGAUAUCUCGAUGAACCUGAUCCCAUCACCGACAUACUUUUAACGAGACAAAAGUCGAUUUCAAAAGAGGUAUCCAGCAAAAGUUUUGGUUUCGGCGGUUUCGUAGGUCUAACUUUACUAUCUCUCUAUUCUCUGAGGUUCCACUCAAUCAAGACCAAAAUCAUUGUGACUCCAUUCUCAUCGUACUUUGGGCUACUUUUGGGUCGUCAAGUUGGAGACUGCUACUAUGGAAGAUGGAAUGAAUACUCAAGGGAUAGAGCCCUAGGAAAGCUCCCAGCCAAACGUUUCCUAACAAAAGAGGAACAAGUCAAAUAUUUGUAAUGUA